AUGGCCGAGUCACCCCCCAUUGUCUUCAUCGCCAGACAUGGCGCCCGUCUUGAUGCCGCCGACAAGGACUGGCAUCUAACCUCUCCCACUCCCUACGACCCGCCUCUCUCCUACGGCGGUUGGAUCCAAUCCCGGGCGCUAGGCGUGCGCAUCGCAAGUCUCCUGCGGGCUCCUGAAUUCACGGGAAAAUACUCAGAGAGUCAUCCCGACCGAUCUUCGGCCUCGGGUGACCCGGCACAUCUGCAACCGACCCCCGCUCCCUCGGACCUGUACCACCGAUACAACGUCAUCAUCCAUACCUCGCCGUACCUACGAUGUCUACAGACUGCAAUCGCCGUCGGCGCGGGUCUCAACCAAUCUCGGUUUGAAACUGAGGCUCCGGACGCCACAGAACCUCCGGACGGGGCCCAGACGGACGAUGUGGUCGCUGAUCCUCGAUCUCUGCUACGCGUCGAUGCGUUUUUGGGCGAGUGGUUGUCGCCAGACUACUUCGACCAAAUUAUACCACCACCGGCCUCGGAUCGCAUGGUAGCCUCGGCUAAGGCCGAGCUUCUCCGUCGUGGUGACUUGAUUCCUACGGCGCGAGAAGGAGCAAGAGCGCUCUCGGGCCAUUUCCCGGGCGGCUGGGGUAGCCAGUCUCAUCCGAGCUCCCCCAGCGAAGAGGAAGACCGUCGACUGGCCCCGCAAGGGCCAUCAGCAACGACGGGCCAGCGACAGCGUGCCAGCACCUGUGACACACUGCAAAGCCCUCAGGUCAGCCGCGGCCCCAAAGCUUUGGGUCGGCUCAAUACGGAUCUCCUACCGAUUUCGGAUGCUUCUUACGUGCCCCCGACUCCUGGAUAUGCCAUUUCUGCCUCCGAUCCCAUCCCCGCCGGGUACGUAGCCCACGCGCGGGACGCCUGCACGAAGAUCGACUACCAAUGGGAUAGCAUGCGCACGCCCUUCUGGGGCACGGGUGGCGUAUACGGCGAGGAAUGGAGUAGCAUGCAUGAACGAGUGCACGAUGGAUUUCGGCGGAUGGUGGACUGGUACCGGCGACAGGACGGACCCAAUGCAGAUCCCUCGGGCGUCAUGUCCAACGGUGUCGACAAAGACGGCCCCAAGGAGACGGUUCUCAUCAUCAUUACACACGGAGCUGACUGCAAUGCCCUGAUCAGCGACUUGACCGGGCAUUCGGUGCUCCUCGACAUCAACACGGCGUCUCUCACCAUGGCAGUGCGCCGGGACCGCCUGAAGGAUACCGCACCUCUCUCCGAGAGCGUAUCCAACUCGUCAACCCACCGGGAUGACCUUGUGUCACGAGAAUACGCUCUGAAGCUAGUUGCGUCAACUGACCACCUCCGUGCGGGGGUCAACCCUUCACAACUCACUGCGCUGACCUCGCCCUCGGCUCCGCAGCCGGUGCCAGCACCCCCCAUUCCCACCUAUCGCAAUCGACUCGGCUCUCGUCCACCGACGCUCCAGGGCCCAAUUACCACCGGGCCGACUCCAGGAUCCGGUCUCAAUCCUCGCUACUGGUCUUUGGCGCGGCAGUCAAACGUAUCUCGAGGAGCCUCUGGCCUCUGGGGAGCCAUCUUGUCGCCCGACAAGGACGAUGAUGCGGAGGACUUCGUGCCGAACUUCGGCGACCCACGGGCCGAGAGCCACGACUCAUCUCAGAUGGCUCGCGCGUCUCAUACGGAGGGAUCCGUUGACCGAUCGGGCUGGACGAAGCAACUACCGCAACGAACCCUCUCGCAGCGCGGACUGUGGGGGAGUGCACCGUCCUUGGAAGACCGCGAGGCGGCGUCGGGGCGGCGUUGGACGGUGGCGGAGCAGAAGUUGUGA